AUGAAACCUGCUUUACGUAUGUUUUUAGUGGAUGACGGAAUUGAAGCGGAUGAGGACGAGACAAAAGACGAUGACGAUAUAACCGGUCCAAAACCAAUGCUGCCCUACUCGUCAAUGUUUGUUUUAUCACCUACAAAUCUAAUUCGUCGGGCCGCCCACUACGUCGUCAACCUUCGCUACUUCGACCUCUUCAUCAUGAUCAUCAUCUCUCUCAGUAGCAUAGCUUUAGCUGCGGAAGAUCCUGUGGUAGAGGACUCCGAUAAGAACCGAAUUCUUAACUACUUGGAUUACGCCUUUACUGGUGUUUUUACGGUGGAGAUGAUACUAAAGGUGGUCGACCAAGGUGUUGUUCUACAUCCGGGAUCUUAUUGUAGAGAUCCAUGGAAUAUUCUAGAUGCUGUUGUUGUCGUUUGUGCCCUUGUUGCCUUUGCGUUUGCUGGGAGUAGCACAGGACAAAAUCUGAGUACAAUCAAGUCUAUGCGAGUUCUUCGAGUUCUUCGACCACUCAAAACCAUCAAACGAGUUCCCAAAUUAAAGGCUGUGUUCGACUGUGUGGUGACGUCAUUAAAAAACGUGUUCAACAUUCUCAUCGUUUACGUCCUCUUCCAAUUCAUCUUUGCCGUGAUAGCUGUUCAGCUCUUUAACGGCAAGUUUUUCCACUGCACGGACGAGUCCAAGUUCACAGAGGAUGAAUGCAACGGAUACUACUUCCUGUUUCCGGGAGAUGGUGGUCCGCCGGACGUGAACAAACGAGAAUGGCAAAAGCAGCCUUUCCAUUACGAUGACGUAAUGUCAGCCAUGUUAACGCUGUUUACUGUAUCAACAGGAGAAGGUUGGCCGUCGGUUCUCAAGAAUUCGAUGGACGCCACCUAUCCUAACUAUGGACCGUUACCACUAUUUCGAAUCGAAAUGUCGAUCUUCUACGUUGUCUUCUUUAUCGUUUUUCCGUUCUUCUUCGUCAACAUAUUUGUGGCCUUGAUCAUCAUCACCUUUCAGGAACAAGGAGAGAAAGAGCUUGAAGAAGGAGAGAUAGAUAAAAAUCAGAAAUCCUGCAUAGAUUUUGCACUUCAAGCCAAACCAUUACAAAGGUAUAUGCCUAAAAAUAAAAGUGGCGCUAAAUACAAAAUCUGGUCUCUCGUAGUGUCUACGGUGUUCGAAUAUAUCAUAAUGGUGCUCAUUAUGCUCAACACUAUACUCCUCAUGAUGAAGAACCACAAAGCAACCAUUUUGUACCUAGAUAUCUUAAGCUACAUGAACGUGGCCUUCACUGCUUUCUUCCUUAUAGAAUGUAUUCUCAAGCUAGUGGCGUUUGGAUGCAAGGUUUGGUGA